UCCACAAUAAAGACGGACUCAUCAGCAGCAUGGCUGUCAGUAUAAAUUUGAAGCUUGAACGAUGCGCUUCCUCUCGUCACGUUGGUUUUUUUUGUUUGUGCAUUUUGACGAAAAUGAUAUCGUGUGUGAUUCUGUGUGGCAUAAAAUAUGGAAACCCCUGGGUGCAGUGACCUGAUAUCUGCCUUGUUACGCAAGGACCGGAAUAACUCAUCCAGUUGAUCGUCAGACUUCAGUAUGACGUCCAGAUUGGAUCGUCUGUUCGUCCUGCUGGAGGCGGGCGCGGGUCCGGCGACACGUCGCGCCGCCGCCCGCCAGCUCGGCGAGGUGCAGAAGGCGCACCCUGAGGAGCUGCACCGGCUGCUCGCCAGGCUCAUGACGCAUCUGCGCUCUACUGCCUGGGAAACCAGGAUCGCUGCUGCACAGGCAGUGGAAGCGAUCCUUACGAAUGUACCGGAGUGGCAUCCAGCACCGUUCACGGGCAAGAAAGAAGAAAAAGUAGAGCCGGAAGACAACGGUCGCCUGCGAUGCGAGACCUUCGAUAUAGAUCGCGUUCUGCAGCACGGCGCGCACCUCAUGGGCUCCGAGGGCAAGGAGUACGAUCUCGACGAAGAACCGCUUAAUGUUGCAGAUUCGAAGGAGCGCCUAGCGAAACAGCGGCAGCAGUUGAACGCUCGCCUCGGACUCGACGUGGCUGCCAAUCUGGGGGUCGAUCUCAACUCUAUGUAUACCAAUGAGGACCUAUGUCCUGUCAAACCCGUUAUAAACAAGACUGAAUUAAACAGAAGGCCAGUACAAGAGAUAGUGAUAACCGCGAAGCCGCUAAGCUCCCGGGAGAUGAACCUGGCGAAGCGGAAGGCGCGGCUCGCCUUCAGCAAGCAGAAGUCGCGAGACUGCUCCGAGGACGGGCCCUCAGCGCCGCCCACACCGCCGGUGGAACCAGACAGGAAGAAAAUCAAGUUGGAACAGCCUGAUGAAUUUAUUUUCGAAAGCACAGCACCGGUCCCAGAUUGUUCGGGAUCAUGGGGCGAGUGUACGCGCUGGCCGCUGGAGGCCUGGGCCGGCGCGCUGCAGGCUCAGCUGUUCAGCGCGGCCUGGGAGUCCCGCCACGGCGCCGCCAGCGCGCUCAGGGAGCUGCUGCGAGCCAAGAUCGUGAGCUCCGCAGGACAUGACGCGAAUAUGACCGCUCAAGAGAUGGAACAGGCACAUCAAGAGUGGCUCGAAGAUAUGGCGCUUCGGUUGCUGUGUGUUCUUGCUUUAGACCGCUUUGGAGACUUCGUUUCUGAUCAGGUGGUAGCGCCAGUACGUGAAACUUGUGCCCAAACGUUAGGCGUGGCGCUCGCGCAGCUGAGUGAAGAGCGAGUGAAGUCCGUGGCGCAGCUGUUGGCAUCUUUGUCUACGCACCCGCAGUGGGAAGCGAGGCAUGGGGCGCUGUUGGGAUUCAAGUACCUGCUGGCUGCUAGACAGGAGGUGGCAUGCGAAAGUGGAGCAUUAGAACACUUGAUAAACGGUCUCGGCGACGUGGCCGAGGACGUGUCGGCGGUGGCGGCGGGCGCGCUGGCCCCCGCGGCGCGCGCGCUGGCGGCGCGGCGCGGCGCGGCCGUGCGGGCCGUGGUGGCGCGGCUGUGGCGCCUGCUGGCCGACCAGGACGAGCUGGCCUCGCCCGCCAACUCCUACAUGGCGCUGCUGGCCGCGCUCAUGGCGCUGCCCGAGCCCGCCAGCUUGCUGCACCCAAUAGACUUAGCGGACGUGCUACCCCGCCUAUGGCCAUACCUGGACCAUUCAACGAGUUCCGUCCGUAAAGCCACGCUUCAAACUCUUCGUACACUUACUAGGCCUCUAGUCACCAGCCAUUCCAAAAACGGGACCGACACCAACGGGAAUAAUGAUGUCACUAACCUAGAAGUCGAGGAGUACUUGAACUGGACGCCCGAGCUGCUUCAGGAAGCGAUGAGGCAUAUAUACCAAAGGGUUCUGUUUGAACACGUGCAUGAGAUUCAAGAGAUUGCUGUGCAAGUGUGGGAGAAUUUCCUGAAGUACGCGUCGUUAGGAGUGAUCCUGCUGGCGGCGUGUCCCGUGCUGGCCACGUGGCUGUGUCUGGCCAUGCAGCCCGCGCGCCUGCCCGUCGACCCCAUGCUACUGCUACACCCACCGCCUAAGGAGCGUCGCACCCGCUCCGUGUCGCAGUCGUCGGAGGGCUCGCUGCCGCCGGAGCUGCGCCCGAGCCAGAAGUGGUUCGUGGGCGGCUCCGAGUCGCAGCCCAGCGCCGCGCGCGACAGGAACGUCACCCGCGCCCGCUGCCUCGCCGCUGAUAUAUUAGGUCACCUGUCAUGUUACCUUGUACAACCCGCACCUGGUAUAGAGUACAAAGCUGAAGACGAGAGUCCAAUAGACUGUUAUGUUAAGGUGAUGGUAGUGUACCUGCGGUCGGGCAGCGCGCUGCAGCGGCUGGUGGCCAGCCUCGUGGUGUCGGCCUGGGCGCGCCACACGCGUGGACACGACGUGUUCCCGCCCGCCCUGCGCCACAGCAACGGGGACGCCGACGAGAACGAUAAGGAAAAACAGGGAGACAGCACAAACAGCGAAGAUGAGAGUCUUAUAUCCAGGUUGGCGCCGCCGGUACUAACAAACACGUUACACACAGCGCUCAACCAAGCUCUCUAUUACGACGAGGUUGCGCUUAACUGUAACAGAAUACUACAAGAAGCUCGCGAUCUGCACGCCAUGAUGAAGCAUUAUAAGCUGCCCGUGGAUGGUGAAGAGUUGAGCAAUAUAUUGAGGCUAGAACAGGUUGCAUAUCUAACCACGGUAUCGCAACCGCUGGUGGCGGCGAUGAAAUCCAAACGAGUGGCUCAGACUCUGGAAGAGAGGCGGAAGAACCUGCAAACUGCCGUCAAUCUGUGUACUAUUGAACAAGGAUCGCUUAAUGUCUCUGUCCAAGCGGCAAUAGCGGGCGCUUGCUCGAACCUGCACAUCUUGCCGGAGAAGUUGAACCCAGUGGUGCGGCCACUCAUGGACAGCAUCAAGAAGGAGCCUUCUGAGGAGUUGCAGCAGAAUUCUGCUGAUACACUAGCCGCGCUACUGGCGCAGCUCGUGAACAGGGAUCCCUGUCCGAAUAAUAAAGUGCUGGUCAAUCUGAAGGCGUUCUUGAGGUGUGAUCCAGAGUACACGCCACGCAUUUCACUAGAAAGUACAGAGGAAGCGAACGGUGACUCCGGUAGCGGUGACAGCGGACACGAGGGCAAGGGUGAACAAGUGUCGCAGGCUCCAGCAUUGGACAAGUACAGCGGCAUCCUGACGCUAUGGGAGCAGCAGCGCAGCGCGGAGCGGACAGCGCCGCGGCGCGGCCGCCCGCCCGCCGCCGCCGCCGCGCUCGCCAUCGACCAGCUGCUGCCGCACGAGGACGAGGCUCGCAAAUUACUAAGGAUCCAAAGACGAGGUGCCACAUUGGCUCUGACGAGCCUGGCAACAUACUUCGGCGAUGAGUUACCAGAGAAGUUGCCGAAGCUUUGGGAGUUUAUAUCGGAGCCACUCGAGAGGGUUAUGACUGAUACUGAGUUGGAGCAGCUGGAGUGCAGCGCGGGCGAGGAGCUGAUCUCCCGCCUGCAGGUGGUGGAGGCCGUGUGCGGCGCGCUGGCGGGCGGCGCGCGCGCGCGGCUGGCGGGCGCCGCGCGGGCCGCCGCCGGGCUCGCGCGCGCCAGGCACACCGCGCUGCGACACAUGGCCGCGCGCGCGCUCGCCGCGCUCUGCCGCGCCCGCUACCCCGGGGUCAUGCGGACCGUCGUGCGGGAGUUAGUGCCCGCCCUGAGCGACGUCCGCAGCGACAGCGUGCGUUGCGGCGCGGCGGAGGCGCUGGCGCGGGUGGUGGACGCGCUGCAGCUGCAGAUAGUGCCAUACAUCGUGCUGCUCGUCGUGCCGCUACUCGGUCGCAUGAGUGACCACUGCGAGGCAGUCCGCAUCAUGUCGACGCGUUGCUUCGCGUCGCUCAUCCAGCUGAUGCCGCUGGACGGGCCGGCCGCCGACCCGCCCGACCUCGAGCCCGAGCUGCGCGCGCGACGGAACUCCGACAAACAGUUCCUCGACCAACUGUUCAACCCCAAGUCUAUCAAGGAUUACAAGAUACCUGUGCCAGUGUCGGCUGAGCUACGGUCGUAUCAACAGGCGGGCGUGAACUGGCUGCGCUUCCUGUACGAGUACAAGCUGCACGGCGUGCUGUGCGACGACAUGGGGCUGGGCAAGACGCUGCAGUCCGUGGUGGUGGUGGCGGGCUCGCACGCCGAGCGCGCCCGCGCCCGCGCGCCGCAGCUGCCCUCGCUCGUCGUGUGCCCGCCCACACUCACCGGUCACUGGGUAUUUGAAGUGAACAAAUUCAUCCCGUCCAAAUUCCUGAAACCCUUACAGUACGUGGGCAUACCGUACGAACGUGAACGUCUACGACAUCAUGUGAAGCACUACAACUUCAUUGUGGCUUCCUACGAUAUAGUGAGGAAGGAUAUUGAUUUCUUCAGCAGUAUCAAGUGGAAUUACUGCAUAUUGGAUGAAGGACAUGUCAUUAAGAACGGCAAGACGAAGGUGUUUAAAGCCAUCAAACAGAUUGUAGCUAAUCAUAGACUGAUACUCUCUGGAACACCGAUACAGAACAACGUGCUGGAGCUGUGGUCGCUGUUCGACUUCCUGAUGCCGGGACUGCUGGGCACGGAGCGGCAGUUCACGGCGCGCUACUCGCGGCCCAUCCUGGCGGCGCGCGACGCCAAGGCCACGCCGCACCAGCUGCAGGCCGGCGCGCUCGCCUGCGAGGCGCUGCACCGACAGGUGUUACCAUUCCUGUUGCGUCGUGUAAAGGAGGAUGUUCUAAAGGAGCUGCCUCCUAAGAUCACGCAAGACUACUACUGUGAUCUGAGCCCGCUGCAGCGGCGCUUGUAUGAGGACCUGUCCAAGGAGCACAUGCCUCACGGGAUCGCCUCAAACCACACGCACGUCUUCCAGGCGCUGCACUACCUGCAGAACGUGUGCAACCACCCGAAGCUGGUCCUGACCGCGGAGCACCCGGCGGCGCGCGCCAUCGCCGCGCAGCUGCAGCAGCAGAACUCCUCGCUGCACGACAUCAACCACUCCGCCAAGCUGCCCGCGCUCAAACAACUCCUCCUCGACUGCGGCAUCGGUACCACGGCGUCUGACGCAGAGCCCGAAGUGGUAGUGUCCCAGCACCGCGCGCUCGUGUUCUGCCAGCUCAAGAAGAUGCUGGACAUAGUGGAGCACGACCUGCUGAAGCGCCACCUGCCGGCCGUCACCUACCUGCGCCUGGACGGCAGCGUGCCGCCGCACAAGAGGCACGAACUCGUCACGCGGUUCAAUAACGACGUGUCCAUUGAUCUGCUGCUACUCACUACAGCCGUGGGCGGUCUCGGUCUGAACCUAACUGGAGCGGAUACUGUGAUUUUUGUGGAACAUGACUGGAACCCCAUGAAGGACUUGCAAGCGAUGGACCGCGCUCAUCGUAUCGGACAAAAGAAGGUCGUCAACGUCUACCGCCUCAUCACUCGUGAUACGCUCGAGGAGAAGAUUAUGGGAUUACAAAAAUUCAAGCUACUCACGGCGAACACUGUAAUAAGCAGCGAGAACGCAGCAAUGGAGACAAUGGGCACCGACCAGCUGCUCGACCUGUUCAACUUGUCCAGCAGUAACGCGCAGACUCCGCAGCAACAGCAGCAGCAACAACAGGCGGGACCUUCUGGCUCCAAGUCCGUGCUGGAGACACUGCCAGACCUCUGGGACGACAAACAGUACGAAGAGGAGUACGACAUGACCAACUUUAUUAAAGGACUGAACAAAAUGAGCGCUUAACCCUUCAAGUUGGUAACUGCAAUUUAAGUCAUUGUCACCCAAUAUUCUAGCAGCUGCAUGGUCAACUUUUUGGUGGGCUCUCGAACCCGUUUAUAGGCCAUGGCCCAUUAACCUGGCAGCUGGAAUCUGGUUAAAAGCAAAAACAAUUUUUUUUUUUCGAUAGUGACCUGACCAAGUCCAACCGACAUAAUAAUUUAGAGCUAGCAACUUGAAACAUUAUAAUUACUGUUCAAUUUUAUUUUCAAAUAUUUCGCAUAUUAGCGCGAUCAGUUUUUCAGUCUAAAUAAGUCCUAGAUUGGGUAAUAAGCUGCGUUAUACCCACCUUUCUGUUCAAGUUGUGUGCCAAUAUCUAAAAUGCAUAAGUGAUUCAAUAUAAGCGAUACAAUGCAUUCUAAUCGUAAGAUUAAAACGUAUUUCAUUUGAUAAAUAUAUAGCUUUAGGAUGUGUUCGAUUUUGGUGUAGCCAAAUUGAUUUACCUUGUACUGAGUUGGGCUGUGGUGGUAGUGACAAGACGACGCACGACCAAUCGACGUUGAGACAUUUUUAUACUUCUUUCAUGUACACAACAUAAUGUGUAGUGGUAAUGAGUGUCGAACAUUCCAUGUACCAUACAUGGCUUAUCCAUUUGCUCGACUCCGUUUGUCGUGACUACCAAAGCUUAUCGCAAGACCACCGCAGUCCUAACGUUGACCUUCCUACAAAGCCCACGCUUUGUUGGGAGGUUGCUAUGUUUGAAGAGGCUGACCAUUCUAGUAGUGAUAGUUGUAGACCCAGACAGCUUUAGAAAGUUGCCUUAGUAAUGUUCUAUGAAUCUUGUAUUUCUUAAAAUUGUGUAGUUCUUAGACUAGUUUUAUUAUACACACGUGUGACGAUACACGCAGUAGUGUAGCAUUUUGUAAAUUUACAGUCUAUUUCACUUUCAUACAACGAGUCCAUCACACUUGAGCUUUCGAUAUCAGUCAAUUAUAUCUGAUGAGAUACAUUUUAUAAGUGUUCGGUACUACUUUAGCUGUAUGUAUAACCAUACUAUUAUGAAAUAGUCUGUAACGAGUAUUCAAUAACUUUCUGCAAUUAAAAGUAAAGUUGAUUACGAAUGAAGAUCAUGGUAGUCAUUGUUUGAUUUGAACGAAAUAUCCGUAGAAAGUUCAUGAUUAUAAUGUUACUUAUUUAUACAUUUUUGAACUUGGUCAUAAACAAUUGUUAGGGAUUGAUUAGUAUUAAGUACUCUUAAAAUCGCAAAAUAUCUAAACCUUUCUUACACUAAUCAAUCCCUACUGAUUGUUUAAGUAAAUUACAUGUAGUUACAAACUUUCUUAAAGUUCAAAGCUAAAUUGAUAGAUAGCAUUCUUACCAUUGCAUCAUUUAGUUAUUUAGAAAAUUUAAUAUAUUAUCAACUUGUAUUAAUUAAUUAGGUGAUCAAGCCAAAAUAAUGUAGUUGUGACUGUCAUAAACAUCACUGGCCCCCUAUUGUUAUACAAAUAUUUAUUUACUCAAUACUUACGUAAACACUUAGUAGUUCAUUCUGUAAGCUAUUCAAAUGUAAGGUUCCUUGUGUAAGAAUUUACCUCAUGAUUUGAUUUUUCUCUAUGAUUGAAUAAUUUAUUUAUUAUUGUAGCGUUAUAAGGAACAGUCAUGCUGCUUUAGUCAUUUUUGUAGUUUUUAGUGUGGCGCAGCGUCGCUGGUGUUUAUAUUUAGAUUUGAAUGUUUUUUGUUUGCUGUUCAGUACCUGCUCAACAUAAAGCACUAAUGAAUAAAUAAAAGAAUGAUGUUUUGUUCUAUAUUCAUGCGUGAUUUUUUACAAGCAAAACAGUUAAUUCGCUAUUCUCUUGUAUUUUGUGUAUAAAUAUUUUAUUGUUAAAGAUUUUGUCAAAAUUCACUAAGUUUAAGUCUGUGAAUUCAUGUUUCGUAAUACUUUUGUGUGAUGAGUGGCAAAAUCGCACGUACUUCCAGUCUAUUUGUAGUAAAUCUAUGUUGGUCUACUGUCUGGAUAAAAAUAAAGCAUUUUUUGUAA